AUGACUUGUGAAUCAAAUAUCGCCGUGCCAGCCAGCGAUAGAUACUAUGACCUGGGCGACUUCGGCCACGUCAUCACCACUGCUAGCGCCGACGCUCAGAUCUGGUUCAAUCGAGGUCUGACUUGGGUAUACGCUUUCAAUCAUGUGGAAGGCGCUUACUGCUUCGAGCAAGCCAUCGCCCAUGACCCCGCAUGUGCAAUGGCAUAUUGGGGUCUUGCAUACGCCGUUGGCCCCAACUACAACAAGCCGUGGGAGAAAUUCGACCUGGGCGAUCUUCACACUUCAGUGAGGAGGGGCUACAAUGCAUCUCGGGAGGCCAAAAAACAUGCAUCUAACGCCACUCCGCUGGAACAAGCUCUCGUCGAGGCAAUUCAAUUCCGGUUCCUGAGCGACCAGCCCGCAAAAGACUACCCUGCUCUUAACAAGGGCUAUGCCGAGGCCAUGAAGGUCGCAUACGACAAAUUCGGCCAAGAUCUGGACGUCGCGACACUGUACGCCGAUGCAUUGAUGAAUAUGACACCGUGGGCCCUUUGGGAUCUUUUCACGGGCAAACCGAAUCCCAAGGCCCCGACCAUGGAAACGGAAGCAGUUCUUGAGCGCGCACUAGCACAGGUCGAGGAUGGUGCCUAUCAGAAUCCCGGAUUGCUCCAUCUGUACAUCCACUUCAUCGAGAUGUCCCCCAACCCAGAGCUUGGAAUCAAUCCUGCAGACCAGCUGCGUGAUCUUGUCCCUGAUGCAGGCCACCUUCUCCAUAUGCCAACUCACCUGGACAUCCUGAUCGGUGACUGGCGACGGUCCAUGUCAUCAAACUACAAAUCGACAUUGGCCGAUGACAAGUACUUCCGGAAGUCGGGUGCUAAAAACUUCUACACCUUCUACCGUAUGCAUGACUAUCACUCCUUGAUCUAUGCGGCGAUGUUUGCAGGCCAAUCGAAAGCUGCGCUCGAGGCCGUCACCCGCAUGGAGCUCACGGUGCCGGAGGAGGUUCUUCGAAUCACGUCCCCGCCUAUGAUCGACUGGCUCGAGCAAUUCCUGUCUGUCCGUGUGCACGUGUUGGUUCGGUUUGGGAUGUGGGAAGAACUGAAGCAAAUGCCCCUUCCCGAGGACAAGGUGCUCUAUGCGGGUACGGUUGCUGCGAUUCAUUACGGCAAGGGAGUCGCAUUUGCAUCAACCAACGACGUGCCCUCCGCCAAGGAGGCGCAAAAGGACUUCCUUGAAGCCUGGUCGAAAGUUCCUGAAACGCGCCUAGCCUACAACGGCAAAAUGGUUGAUGUAUUCAAAGUCGCGGACAAGAUGCUGGAAGGAGAGAUUGAAUACCGCUGCGGCAACUUCGACCAGGCCUUCGAGGCUCUCCGCGUCGCUAUUGACGUAGAAGAUAGAUUGCCCUACAGUGAGCCUUGGUCAUGGAUGCAGCCUGUACGUCAUGCCUAUGCGGCGCUGAACAUGGAGCAAGGGAAUCUUGAGGAGGCGGCUAGGUCUUACCGGGCCGACUUGGGUCUCGACAACUCUGUUAUUCGCCCGCGGCGUCAUCCCAACAAUGUUUGGUCACUCCAGGGAUACCAUGAGUGUCUUACUCGACUUGGAAGGCUGGACGAAGCCGCCGUAUUUGAGCCCGCGGCCAAGCUGGCUCUUGCUGUCGCUGAUAUUCCCAUCAAAUCGUCGUGCUUCUGCCGCCUCGAUACAUCCAGCGCGCCGCAGAUCCUUGAUCGUUCUUCACGUAAAAAGUGCUGCUGA